AUGACUGUGAAAGUUGCAGAAUUAAAAGGCACAAAGCAGGCGGCCACUGGCUCAGCUGCUGGCACAUCAUCUCAUCCAGUUAAGAGAAAAACAGUUGAGACAGAAAAUACAGACUUAAAGAGAGUAAAAGGUACAGAUGAAAAGCCACACACAUCUUCUUCAGGGCUGCCAGCAGAUUUUUUUGAUGAAGCAGAGCAAGACAGCGCCAGUGUACAGCUUUCCAAGGGCCCAGGUCCCAGUUUAUUGUCAGGGAAUUACGAUGACGACGACGACGAUGAGGAAGAGGAGGAACAAGAACAGUCAAGCAAAUCUUUUGCUGUGCAUAAAACUGAAAUUCCACCUCCAACUCAAGAAGUAAUAGCUAAUUCUCUGCCUGCAGACUUUUUUGACACCAAAACUCCAGCUGCUCCUAUAGUUUCCCAUUCAGGAUCCAUACAGAAAGCAGAGAUACAAGAGAAGGUAGUUGAAAGGAAAGAAAACACUGCUGAAGCUUUGCCAGAAGGUUUCUUUGAUGAUCCUGAAGUGGAUGCAAAAGUGAGAAAAGUUGAUGCUCCAAAGGAUCAGAUGGACAAAGAAUGGGAUGAAUUUCAGAAGGCAAUGCGACAGGUCAACACAAUUUCAGAAGCAAUAGUGGCAGAAGAUGAUGAGGAAGGACGACUAGAUCGCCAGAUUGGAGAAAUUGAUGAGCAGAUUGAAUGCUACCGCCGUGUCGAGCUUUUGCGGAACCGCCAGGACGAGAUGAAGGAGAAGUUAAAGGAAGCCAUGAGAUUAAGAGCAGCACAAGAGAAAGAGGAGGAGGAUGUUGGCAGUGAAGAUGAAGAAGAGCUGCAGGAUUUGCUGUCACAAGACUGGCGGGUGAAAGGGGCUUUGUUGUAGCAUUUCUGCAACACGCUUGAUACUCUUUUUAUCUGUGGUCUUACUUCCAUUGUUAGAAGGGAGAUUCUUUUGUUAAAUAUUUAUUUAAAGGAUCGUGAGAUAAAGAGCCAAGCUUAUUAAAAAAUUUUUGUAGAUCUACAGUGUGUAUUACUUACUGUAAAAUCUGUAUAUUGCAAAUGUUUUACAAAACUGAAUGCACCUUUCCUAUUAAAAUGACUGGUUUCCUACCAGAAGUAUUUUAAUAGGAUUACUAAAUCUGUAAAGAAAUCUCUAGGCUUUUGGAAGCAUUAGCUCAGUUUGGUAAUUUUGAGACUUGGCUUAUUGUCUAUAGAAGUACAUAGUCUACAAAGUUUUCCCAGACUGGGAGUUUAGGGAAAGUAAAAUACUAAGCAUUUAUGUUUUCUUAAAAUUUGUAGGUGCCCUUCUGUCCAUUGUCCCAGCUCCCAAUAAAAUAUGUACAUUUUUUUCAGGGUCUGUUACAGUUUCUCUGUGUAUAUAAGGACUAAGCUCAGAAAUGCUAACCUACAGCUUCUCCACAGUGUAUAUCCUGUGAUGUGCUAUAGCACUGGUGCAUAUUUUUCUUUAUAAUCUCCUCUUUUGCUUAGUGCAGCUAUGAUGUAGCAUACCUCACAUUUCUUGAACCAUAGGGAUGAGAACACAGUGGUUACAUAUCUGCACCACUUAAUGAGCAGGUGACAAAAUGCCUGAGAGGAAGGUACUGCACUGGAAACUGAGGAGAUUAAAUAAAACCAAGAACAAACAAACUUGACAAGACUGGGACAUGGAAAGCAGAACUACCUUUGCCAGCAUUCAUGCUGUCAAUGUUUUUUCACUUGAGAAACACAACAGAGCUGCUUGAAUUCAUUUGAGAUAUUUCCAGAAACCUAAUUCCCAUUUGAUGACGCAAAAGCUGCGGAACUGGUGCUGUCUUUCAUCUGGAAACUCACAUUUGUGUGGGCAGUGACCUUUUCACAGCGAGUACAUGCUUCCUCUUAUCUACCUUUGGGCAUGAGUGGUUUACUUUUCUGUCUUGGUUACUAUUAUUUUUUACCCUUUUUUUUUCUUUACCACCUUGUCUUUUGUUUGUCUGUUUUGUACAGUACAGCUAUUAAGAGUUUUUUCUUGCCAUUCAGAAGUAUUUUCCAACUAAAAUAAUGAAAUUAAAAUAAGCUUGGAUUUUAUCACAUUUCUGCCUGUAUUUUU